CACAGGCACAUGCGUAUGACCACCCAGGUCUUUCGUGCAGACUACAUUAUGUGUUUCAGGGAUUUUGACAAACGACAUUUUAAUACGAAUAUAAGCAGACAUAACACGGGCUUUUAGCCUUUAUACUGCACACAAAUAUUCGGUGCGAGAGGGGACCCGAGUCGGAGGGCGGAAAAACAGUCACAAAUGAAGUGUGAGAACUGCACAAAGAAGGAAUGCAGCAAGAAACAGCCAGGUGGUGAAUACCAAAGUUCAUCAAGCAACUCUGUGGGGAAGACAGAAGAAAAUGGGGAGCUGAGUGAGUUCCACAAACUAGUCAGCGAGAGAGUGUUUCUUAGUGACUGUCUGGCUUGUGAUCGGUGCAUUACAGAACAGGAGCGCCACAGGAUAUCUCAGCAGAACCUUAAGGAAUUCUCCCGGGUUCUAGGCCUUAACAAGAAAUGUGAUACCUCAAAACACAAAGUGCUGGUAGUCUCCCUUUGCCCUCAGUCUCUGCCUUUCUUUGCUGCCAAAUUCAACCUCGGCAUUCCUGAUUCCACCAGGAAGCUUUGUGGAUUUUUGAAGAGUCAAGGGGUGCACCAUGUGUUUGAUGCCACCCUGGCGGCUGACUUCAGCCUCUUGGAGAGCCAGAGGGAGUUUGUCCAGCGGUACCGGAGGAGGAACCAAGACCAGCAGGCUCUGCCUAUGUUCACCUCUGCCUGCCCAGGGUGGAUCCGCUAUGCAGAGCGUGUUUUGGGUAGCCUUGUGACCCCACACAUCUGCACCUCCAAAUCCCCCCAGCAGAUAAUGGGCUCUCUGGUCAAGGACUAUUUCACCAAACAGCAGAAGCUCUCCCCAGAUAAAGUGUACCAUGUGGUGGUGGCACCCUGCUUUGAUAAGAAGUUGGAGGCUUUGCGGGAGGAGUUCUACAACAGCCUGCUGGAAAGCCAAGAUGUAGACUGUGUUGUCACCUCAGGGGAAAUCAUGCUCAUGAUGGAGGAGCAAAAGGUUUCAAUUGAGAGCUUGGAUUCCAUUCCUUUAGAUCAUGUAUCAUGUGAAAUAGUUUAUAAGACUCUGAAGAACCGGGACUUCCAGGAGGUGACACUGGAGAAGGAUGGAGAAACACUCUUACAGUUUGCUGCUGUAUAUGGCUUCAGAAAUAUACAGAACAUGAUUCAAAAGCUCAAGAAAGGAAAGUUCCCUUACCAGUUGGUGGAGGUGCUUUCCUGUCCAGGAGGCUGUCUGAAUGGGAAAGGCCAGGCGCAGCUGGAAAGCGGGAAACCGGACCGGGCAUUGCUGCAGCAGAUGGAGGAGGUGUACACCAGCCUGCCAAUGAGGUUACCAGAGACUAGCCCCCAGGUGCACAGGCUCUACCAGGACUGGCUGGAGGGAGCUGACUCCCCCAGGGCUCGGCAGGUCCUUCACACGCAAUACAGGCCAGAGAACCAGGCGGCCAGCUCGCCGGACUACAAGUGGUAGCCUGGCCCUCUCUCCCUGAUCAGUAAAUCUCCGACUUUCAUGACACAGCCACGCAGCUUCUUCAUCCAGAUAUGAGGGAAUUUAAUUUGGAUUCUUCUUUCUUUAAUUCACACUCGCCAAUUAUGUCCCCCAUUUAUACAUUUUUAUAUUCAUAUAUAUUAAUAUGAUUUGUCCCGGCAGCAGUGCACGGGGCUUAGAAAAUCACACACACACACGUUCUCUGAGACUGGUGUGGGAGAUCUUGGCACUUCCAUUGUGUUCUGCUACAGGGCUUUGACCUAGCUUGUGUUUCAUCCGUUUAAUUAACCCUUAAUUGUUCCAGUGAUCCUGGUGCUGUGGAUUGCUUAAACACUUGAGGGUCGAUGAAAGGAAAUAAAAUGUAGAUUAGAACAGGUGCGUCAGGGUUGCCAGAUCCAAAUUAGGGCAGUGGAACCCUCAUUUCAUGCUUUGGUUAACUGAAAGAAAUUUCCAGACACUUGCAUCAAUUCUUGAAAAUAUUUUACAGCUAAUGAUCCCAUAAUCCAGUGCAUUAUUUAAUUUAGUUUGACGUUCUAGUGAAAUUAAUUUAAGGGAAAUUCUAGUGCAUUUUUACUGGAAGUGAACUGAAGGUUAAAAGGGAGUGAGGAACCAAAAGGCUUUGUGGUCUUGCAUGAACCAGCUGACUCCUCUACACUGGACAGCCUCCUGCCUGAGGUGUAAUUUUUGGGCCUUUUUUGUUAAGCAGUUUUAGGAAAGCAAACCUAUUUUGUGUUUUGUUUUUGUUUUAAAUAAUGUUCCAAAAAAGUAGAGCAGUAGACGUUCUUUCUAUUUACUAGACCUUUGUUUUAAAUGUUUUAGGUAGUUUUAAACUGCUUGUUGCAUCUUGACAGCUGUAGCAGCAAUGUGCUCAAGCUGCCUCCCUCAUAUCUUUUUCCUUUCUGAAGCUCGACUCAAUGGCUGCCGUUUUUGAGUGUUCUUUAAAAGUGAAAAUCCAAUGGAAAAUUUUAACAACUAAUUCAUGAAUGUUUUGUGUAUGGCUAUCCAUACUCUCUACCAUUUCUGCAAAAUAUUUUGUCACGAUGAAUGAUUUAGAAAUAACCUUUUGGUGCUAUGAUCAAUUUUCACACUACAGAGAGAACUGUGAAACAGCUGCCAUUAAGUUUGCUCUGCUUUACAUUUUCCCUGUAUUAGUAGUUUUGUUAGACCUAUUCUGCCACUCAGUUCCAGUGCAGACAGAAGCAGACACCAUGCUUAGCAUUGCAUAGAUGUCUUCAGCGGCAAAGAACUUAACCAUAGCUUUCACGACAGAUUUAUUUGAAUAAAUUUGAUAUCACCAAUGAGGUUGAGGGAUUAUUUUGAUCUUAUACGGUGGAAUGAGCCUCUUCUCCAAUAAGCAUUGAUCAUCUCGUACUGGGCUGCACGGUCUACAGUGAAGGCAAGUGGCUCAGAGGAUUCUGUCUGUACCCUUAUUCUCGCUGUGAGUGGCAGCAGGGUUAGUGGUAAGGCUUGAAAUCACACAACCUUCAGGUCUAAAUUUGGGUAUGUACUGUAUAUAUAUAUAAGACUAUAUAUAUAUAUUAUAACAAAAAGAAGACUGGAAAAAAUAUGAUUAUCCUGUCUUAACCUUUGUCAUCAGAGCCCUUUCUGCAUAUUACAAAUGGAUUGCUAGUUGAUACAGAAUGACAGAAGUGUCAAUGGUUUAGACAUUUAAAUGUUAAAAACAAAAUCUAGUCCUGCUGUGAAACAAACCUCAGAACUUUUUGGUAAGUUUAAUAAAUUCACAAAGUGUUUUUCCAUCUCUGUCCUUCUGAUGGUCACUGUGUGCAGUGGACACUCACAUGAAAGUACCAGAGUAUACUAAUAUUCCAGAUCUUUUUCUAUGUAGUUUGGCACAGUGUCAAAAUUAAGACCUGGAUACUCUCUUUAUUGAUUUCAUAAAACAGAAUUAUGCAUAUUUCUGACUUCAUCAAACAUGCGCAUUGUACCUGCAUGGGGAAAGGUGGAAAGUAAGGAUGUCCAAUCCUCUGUGAUAAACAUUGUUUUUUUUACAUCUGUUGGUCUUUAAAAUAGUUACUGUAAUGUCAACAAAUUUUGCAAAACCACAACCACAAAACUAAAUAGAACAUCUGCACUGACAUCAUGUUCUCUAAUUGACUUUCUCUUAUAUCAGCUGUCGGCUGGCUGAAUACACCAGAAAGCAAAAAGGAUUGUUAAACAUAUGUGGAAACAGUGCUGCUGUGCUCACACCUAUUAGUAUUUCACCUGUAAUCACUUGGUGUGAGUGUGUGCGUGUCUGUUUACUGUGUCACCUAUGAUGGACUGGAGUCCUGUCCAGGGUGUAUCCUGCCUUACACCUGUUGCUUGCCUAGAUAGGUUCUGGAUCCCCCGUGACGCUGAAGUGGAUGGGUGGAUAGAUGUCCUUGUUUAUUAGUUAGGAGACACAUCAGUUUGUUUAAUUUCUUCCCGCAAAAUGUUUAACACAUUCUCCACCCAUGCUUUCCUUUCCACUUGAAUAAUACAGCACAGCAGUGGGGUCCAGUUGGACAUGAACCUUACAAAUAACAAGAAGAAAGAAAUAUUUUAGAAGUCGGAGCAAGGAUUUUAAAAUAAUUUCUUCCCAUGAUUUGAUAAUAAAAUGAUUGCAAUGCCUUGCAAAUUAUUCAGAUUUAAUCAGCAGUAAAUCCCUUUAGUCAGUGUUGAUCGCACACUCUUGCAACACAAUCCAGGUUGAAUAGCACAGCUGUCCUCAGUAACUCCCAUUUAAUUUGGUUUGUGUUGCCAGAAGAGGACAGGGACAUUUGGUUUUCCUUUUCCCUUGAAUAAUCCAUUACAACAAUGAGGUCCAGAUGGAUGUGAACCAUACAAAUAACAGGAAGAAAGAAAUAUUUUAGAAGUGGUAGCAAGGAUUUUUAAAAUGUCCUCAUUUGAGCACAGCUAAUAUUUUAAUAUGUCUGGAUUGGGUGCUCCCUGGAAUGUUCAGCAUUUCUAAACGUCAAAGUCCUCCCAUAAAUUUAAAAUUGUUCCCUAAGCAUACUUUAUAGGAAUCUUUGAAAAACAGAUUGCGAUGACAGAUAUUUCUUACAAUGUUUAAACUUAAAGAUUUCAGUGAAGCAGAAUUUUACCUGAAACUUGGUAUUACGUACUUGUCCCUUUUAUCAUGUCUGAAUUCUGACUCAAAUACUGCAAAUGUGAGCCAAAACAGUCCAAAAAUACAAUGUUUGUUCAUCUUAAACUUGGUGCUUCAUUAAUUGCCUAUAAUCUUGAAAUUAUAAUAAACAUAUCAGAAGAUGAA